CGGUGCCUCGCGAGAGAGCAGUUAAUGGAGCAGCAGAGAAACAACGUCACAUAAAGUUUAUAUUUAAUAACAUUUAACGCGUUUCAUUCACGAUUUUAUCCUUUGUUUAGGUAAAAACGCACUUUUGACUGUUUCUUUAGCUGACGUUGAGCGGGACUGUCGAGAGAAAGAUGAAAUACAUUAUAGGAAUUGGCGGAGUCACUAAUGGUGGGAAAACCACCCUGACAAAUAAUCUGAUCAAGACGUUGCCCAACUGCUGUGUUGUGCACCAGGAUGACUUCUUCAAGAAACCUGAUCAGAUAGAAGUCGGAGAGGACGGCUUUAGACAAUGGGAUGUGAUCACAGCUUUGGAUAUGGAGGCCAUGACCAACACGAUAAAAGGCUGGAUGGAGAACCCAGUGAAGUUCGCCCGUUCCCACGGCGUCCCACUGUCCUCUGCGUCCAAAGUGACCAACCCUGGCGAGCAGACCCACAUCCUCAUUGUGGAGGGCUUCCUGCUGUACAACUACCCGCCUCUGCUGGAUGUUUUCAACAAGUGUUACUACAUCACGAUUCCCUAUGAGGAGUGCAAGAGAAGGAGAAGUACAAGACAGUACACUGUCCCCGACCCUCCCGGCCUGUUUGAUGGCCACGUGUGGCCGAUGUACCUGAGACAUAGGAAAUCAAUGGAGGAGAGUGGCUUGAAUAUAAAAUACCUGGAUGGUUUGAAGCAAAAAGAGGAGAUCUACAACCAGGUGUACGAGGACAUUCAGAACAACCUGCUCAAUCGUUUAUAGCAGGAAGACUUCCAUCCUUGUACAGAAUUUGUAAAUAGUCCCAUGGAUUUUUGUUUUUUAUGAAGUUUUUCUAAUUUUAUUCUUUGUAUAUGCAACAAAGCAAUGUUAACUUAUCAUUGUCUUUUUUUAUCAUCUUCAGAUGAUCUAUAUUUUGUUUUUCCUUUUUAUGUGAUUGUUGAACGGAUCAUUAGUAUGUUCCUGUGAUAUUAAACCACUCACUUCUACUGGACCAGUUGUUACUUUGUCCUACAAAUAAAUGAAUUAGUAGCUGUUGAUAUACAGUA